AUGAAUCAAGCUAUCACGAAAAACUUGGGCCGCUUGAUGACAGUGAUGAGAGCGGUCAAUAGUUUCAAGCGGCUGGUAGAGCCAUCCAAAUCCGGAUCGGCCAUGCAAAGCAUCUUGGGCGGCGAUUAUGAUGCACACUUUGUUGCGCCGCCUAUGGAAAUGGACGAGAGUGAUGAAUUUCCCACAGUUGGCCUGGAUCCCAAUGCCCAAGGUCAUCAUCAUCGCCAUCUUCAUGGGCUCGGUGGAAGUAUCCGAAAGGCCUUCGGACGGCAUCCAAUGUUGGCCGGAGCACAUGGCCGAGAUGAGUCAGGAGCAGAGCGACCCCCAGCGAGCAAUUCAACAAGCUUUUCUUCUUAUCCGGAGCAGAGUCCAGCCGGCAGCCAACGACCCAGCGGUGUGUUUGAGCCCCCAGAGCGGAAAGACUCGGGCUCCAUCCGAAGUGGAAGAUCACCUGGGAAGGCAGAUGCCACCGAACCACAUUCUCAGUCGGCAUCUCCUCACCCGGCGCUUUCACGGGCAAGCUCAGCGAUGACCAAACGCAGUAUUGAGGGAACGAGAGGACAUGCGCGGGAUCCGCUGGAAGAAGACUUCCCUUAUCUCUUCAUUGGGCCAUCGACGUAUACCGGCACAUCACCACAGGAACCCAGCGAUUUCAACAUUGGCAGUGAUCCAGCGCCAAUCUUUGCUGAGCCUGACAGCACCAAGGUGGGUAUGGACAUCGCAUUGGAGGCAGCUAUUUCGGACGAGCCCAUGCAGAUUGUCAGCGAGUCCCCCGGAGCCGCCGAGUUUGACAUCUAUGAGACCGCGUACCGCAAAGAACUCGAGCGCAUCAAGUCCGACACUUCCACCUUCCCUGGCGCCGGCGCGGGUCGCAAGGUGUACCUGACACGACGUGUCGAGGGCAAGGACGAGGUGAUGAAGUUUGUCAAGGACAAGGUGCUUGACAUGCAGAUUGGGACCAAGAGACUCUGUGCCUCCGGUGCGCGGUCUGCAACGGCGUUUGGUGCAGCAGUGAGCCUAUUGCGGAAUCAGAUGGAGCAGAAUAAGGAGACUUCAGCGGCAGAAGCGUCGAUACAGGAGCAAGAGCAAAGCCCUGAAGAAGGCCAGCAGAACACACCGCGCGAGCGCCAGGAAUCGCAUCCCCCUUCGUCCUCUCUCUCGUCACAGUCGAUUCCCGGGCCCGAGGCGUCGUCCCUCGAGGCGACGGGUGUGCCGGCUACUGACUCGCAUCCCGGAGGAGGAAAUUCCACCGCGCAGCUCCGCCGUCUCCUCGCUCGUGCUCGGGACAAGCCUGAGGAGUAA